CUAUGGGUGAAAGGGAACUGCUCUGUAAACAACGUGCUGGGUUUUUGAAAUCGUUUGGGGAGUCACGUGACCAGGGCGGAAACUGACUCAUAGUCCACGCUGAAUCUCCCGCGAACGCGGCCAUUUAGUCUUUCCUCUCGCUGCAGUUACACCGAAAAGUCGCAGCCAUGGCUGAUUCAAUGGGGCAGUCUGUACCAGUGGCGGUCUUCAAGUUGGUGCUGGUUGGAGAUGGAGGCACAGGAAAAACGACUUUUGUGAAGAGACACAUUACAGGAGAGUUUGAAAAGAAGUAUGUAGCUACUCUUGGAGUAGAAGUCCACCCACUGAUGUUCCACACCAACAGAGGACCCAUCAAGUACAAUGUGUGGGACACAGCUGGUCAAGAGAAAUUUGGAGGUCUGAGAGAUGGCUACUAUAUUCAAGCUCAGUGUGCUAUCAUCAUGUUUGAUGUCACAUCUCGGGUCACCUACAAGAACGUACCCAACUGGCAUCGCGACUUGGUCCGUGUCUGUGAGAACAUUCCCAUCGUGCUUUGCGGCAACAAGGUAGACAUCAAAGACAGGAAAGUCAAAGCCAAGAGCAUCGUGUUUCACCGCAAGAAGAACUUGCAGUACUAUGACAUUUCUGCCAAGAGUAACUACAACUUUGAGAAGCCCUUCCUGUGGUUAGCAAGGAAGUUGAUCGGUGAUCCAAAUCUGGAGUUUGUGGCAAUGCCUGCCCUCGCUCCCCCAGAGGUCCUUAUGGACCCCAACCUUGCCGCUAAAUAUGAGGAAGAACUUCAAGUCGCAUCACAGACAGCACUCCCAGAUGAAGAAGAUGACCUCUAACCUGGGAACUGCUUUCCUUAACCCUUUCCUUUUACCCUUCUCUCUCUCUGACUGUGGACAGGAAGUUGUUUUGCCCCUUUACUGUAAAAUCCCUUUUCAGAUUUUUUUUUUAUUUUUGAAAAUUUUUCGUUUUAAAACUUAAAGAAAAAAACUUUGUGCAAAAGUUGUGGUUCUAAUUUCAUUGUAGGACAAGCCCAUCCCAGUAUUGUUGUUGGCAUGGCAACGUGCUACUUUUCAUCAAGCACUCUCCACUGCAUAUAUCCAACUCACAUAAUGCUGUUGUACGUUGUACUGGGAGCACUAAGGGGAAUAAACUUUGAAUAAAAAUAUUGUCAUUAAAACACU